GACUUCCUUCCUGCUGUUCCUCUAGCAGCAUGGCGAACUUGGAGCAGACAGAAGACGACCCAAAACACGCAAAAAUGUCCACCGAAGUCUCAAUUUUAACCAAGCCGACAGCAAACGGACAAUUGGGGGCAGGCGGCGGAGACACAGGCGCGUUCCCAAGUCUGAUCCCGUCGUUCGCUGACGCGUGCAAGUUGGUGUCCGCGCCGUACUCGUGUCUGGUCACGGACACGCACAGAAGACAUAUUGCCCUGUCACCCAUGUACCUGAAUAAGAAACGGACAGGGAUCCAAGAGGAACUGAACACGGAACUGCUAAGAUACUCAGAAACGUAAGCUAUGGGUUGAUUAUGCUAGUUAGCUAGCUAACGGGAAGUUGCUAGUCUUCUGCGAUGUGCUGCUAGUUUAUACAUGUUGCAGUGCGCAUGUAGCUCGUACUAGUGUAUAUCCGACGCAUGCGCACUAAAGAGGUAGUCUGGCGGUAAAAAAUGUCUAUAAAGUGUUUUAAUUUCGUUCUUCGUAUACACGACAGUUUGCGCAUUCAGAAACAUGUUCGCCACUCUAACAAUCUUCACUUUGGUGAGUUACGAAAGUAGGUCGUUAUAUUGAAGCUAGUCACUAAACAAACCUUAUCCAGAGCGACUUACAGGAGCAAUUAGGGUUAAGUGCCUUGCUCAAGGGCACAUCGACAGAUUUUUCACCUAGUCGGCUCGGGGAUUAGAACCAGCAACCUUUCGGUUACUGGCACAACACUCUUAACCACUAAGCUACCUGCCGCCUAGUAAUAGCCUACUUGUUACUAAAAUGUCUAGCUUUUACAUACGAUUUAGCUUACUUGUACACUUUGAAAUUAUACGAAAGUGUUGAUUCUUUGAAGUUGUGUUUAAACUUGUUUUAAUUGUUAACUUAAACUAUUAUUCAAGUUGAACUAGUGUUGAUGUUGAUUAAUCACAGAUCACAAUCCUGCACUAAAGAGGGGAAGGGAAUCUAAAUAGUUUAUGUUGUAUUCUCGAAUGGAAAUUAACUUUUUGUUCAGUCAUAAACUCUCCAAUUAGAAUUAUUUGAUUGUCCCCCCAAAAAUCUGCAUAUCAGCAAGGUGAAAUCAUUUUGCGGCUGAUAAUUGCAUGCAACGCCAGUGCAGCCAUAGGCCUAUAGCAGUGGUUCCCAACUCCAGUCCUUGAGUACUCCCUACAGCACACAUUUUUAUUGUAGCCCCAGACAAACAUACCUGAUUCAACUAAUUGAGGGCCUGAUGACAAGUUGAAUCAUGUGUGUUUGUCCUGGGCUACAAUACACUGUACUGUUGGGGGGGGUACUCGAGGACCGGCGUUGGGAGCAACUGGCCUACAGUAUGAUGGCAUUAGCCUUAUGGGCAUUUGCAACGCACCGCUUGACAUUGUGCAUCUGAAGCAUUACAUUUUACAUUUUAGUCAUUUAGCAGACGCUUUAUCCGAGGCAGAACUUACAGUUGUAUACAUCUUUUUUUUUUUUUGCUGAAGCAGAGAAUAGCUUAACUCACACACACCGUUUACAUAUUUAUUGUUCAGCAAUAUGUUCUCAAUUUUAAAAACCAUAACUGUAGACAAUGUAUAAGAGGCUAAUCAUUAUACUAGAUUUUGUAGGACAAAGUAGUAGAAACGGAUGCUGCUGCAGCAUCACUCAUCUUCACAGUGGGAAUCCAGUCGGCAUGGGUGUCCUGAUAGAGGUCAGCCGGUGAACCUACAGAAGUACAUAAAUGAAAAGCGCGCCUGAUGUUAGAAUAUCACUUCUUUAGGUCACCUAUACCAUCAGGGCUCUUAAUUGUUUGAUUCUUUCAGGUGUUUUAGUGUCAUAUAAAGAUUAAAUCUAUUGUUGGUUUGGAACUACCAAUAGUCAACACAGCAGGUUGUCCUAUGUUAUUGAGGUCUUAUGCUGUGAUGUCAAUACAUUUUCCCUCUUGUGAAUGGUUGAGAAAGUUCUCAACAAAUUAUCAUUGGAGUUUUAUCACUGGAGGUUUUAUUUGGACGAUAAUGUCCUCAAGGCUAUAUGGACAACAUAUUGUACAAUUUGGUCUCCCCUUUUCAUGGUCAUGGCUAGAAGGGAUCCAGUUUUUGUCAAAUUAAUGUCAUUUUUUACAUUUUGUAACAGAUUAGGAGAUUUCGGUUACAGUUAGGAAAAGAGUUAGGGUUAGCUAAAAUAAAACCUUUAAACUCACGCGACACCGGCAAUAACAUCUGCCAAGCACAUGUACGUGACAAAUAACAUUUGAUUUGAUCUAGCUAGCACAUUUUGGCUUAUUUAGUGUUAACACCUGGUUAGCACAAUAGCUAAACUAAACUCUAAAUCGACUUGACUUGACUUACCAGUGAUGAAAUGAUCGUAGCAGACCCUGUACUGACAGCUGUCUGGGUUCAGGUCUUGACAGUCAAAAAGGUUUCUUUGCUUUUCUGACAGUUCUUGAGUCUUAUCUUGGUGUCACCAAUGGUGUUUUAUGAUUGCGGAGAAUCUAUAAACAUAUUUAUAACUGCCAGUCCUCUGUAGCGUGCAGGCCUGUGCAGAAUAUCAGAUCUUUACAAUACUCUGAGAACUUGUAUUAAACAUCCCAGGAACCACAUUAAAUAUGUUAUAUUGAUAUUCUAACCUGCACAUAAUCAUCUGUAUCGGGCAUGCACCACACCCAAUGUUCUCUGCUGACGGCAACUACUCCUGGGUCGUAUUCUCUAGGAACCAAACAGAAGCAAACUGGACGAAACGGGGAGGGACCUACCUGAAAUGGUUGUUUUCAGUUUCCCCGUUGCAAAACGUUUUGCUACGGUGUGCACUAAUGAAUAUGAACCUGUCUACCUGUGUUCCCUGUGCAGUCUGAAGGGCGUGCCUCUGGCCUAUGAUGACGUCAGUUUGCUGCAGCAGCAUGGAGAAAUCUACGACGAUAACGGAUACAUUCACCUCGACAUACAGGCCAACUUUGUCAUCUUCCAACCCCAGAGAGGACAUAAACUACUGGUGAGAGGCAAGCUAUGUAACUGUGUGUGACAUCAAAUCGAAACAGAACAGAUGUGAUUCUUACAGAGAACUGUGCAGUGUUGACGUGUUGUAGCUAGUUACGACGGUAAUCUAUUUGAUAUGGAAUGGGUCAAGUUGCUUUGAAAUGUCUAGUUUAAGCUAACUCUCUCCCUCCCUCCCUAUCUCCCUCCCUCUCUCUCUCUCACCUCCUCCGUUCUUCCCCCUUUCCAGGGUAUAGUUAAUAAGCUUGGUGUGAGUCACGUGGGCUGUCUAGUCCAUGGCUGUUUCAACGCCAGCGUUCCGAAGCCAGCCCACGUCACCAUCGACACCUGGAGGGAGGCAGGACCCAGGAUAGGGGCAGAGCUGGAGUUUGAGGUCUGUCAGCUAGAUGCAGACACAGUCGGCGUACUGCUGAUCAGAGGAAGACUUGACAGGACACGGUAGGUUAGAGAGAGAGUGUGUGUGUCUGAGAUCGAUUACAUUGCAGUCGGACUGCGCAUAAUCACUGAUCUACAAAUCACUUUGAAUCCCAGUUAACUGCAUUGAGUGAUCAAGGUCAGUGAUUAUGUGCCUUGCAUGGCAGGGGCAAGGUUUAUGGGGAUGUAUUAGAGAUGGAUUAUCUGAGGCUAAACAGUUGUGUGUGUUUUGUGUUCUCUCAGGGUUCAGGAGCUGAUGGCAGCUGGAGAGAGUUCUGAUCCUACUGACCCCGCAGAACAGCUGGAGGAACCAGACACAGAACCUGCUCUAGAACCCAACCAGGACUCGCCCGAUGCCACCGUCAAACCCAAGAAGAAGAAGAAAAAGGAGAAACGCAGAGAGGAGGUGGCUUUAGUAGCAGCCCCCGGAGACGCUGUGCACGGAACAGCAGAGGACAGCAGCACUAGCAGCCACACGGAAGAGAGGAGGAAGAAAAAGGAGAAACGACAGAAAGAGGAGGAUGUGGAGAGAGAAGUGGAUGAGAGGGGUCCUGUGGAGUUGCAGGGGAGCGACUCCAGCGGUUACCUUAGUGACAAGCCAAACAGGAAGAGGAAACAGGGUGUUGAUAUCACGCCCUGUCUCCAUGGAGAUCCUGAAACACCCAAAACUAAGAAGAAGAAAAAUAAAUGAUGUGACUGAAAGACUGAAGCAAGAUAAUUUAGUGAAACUGGAUGAACAUUACAAGAUGAUGAUGAUGACUAAUGGAGUGCCUUAAGUAGACCUGGUGACUUAGUUUGGUUACAGCUUCAGUCCUGUAUUGUCUCCCAUAUUGUUGGGGUGAUCCGUGACUCUCUCUUCAUGCAGCUCUUUGUGUAGUUCCCUUGAGAAACCUGCAGAGGGAGCCAAGUCACUUCUAGAAGCCUCCAUUGUGGCUCAUGGGAAAGCACUCCAGUGUUUGUUAGCCAGGCUUUACCCUUCUAGCUACGGCUAGAACACAUCAACAUGCUGUAGGGCUGUUCAUCAUGGCUUAACCAGUGUGUUAAAGUCUUCAGAUCUCAAAUGGCACCCUAUUCCCUACAUGGUGCACUAGUUUGGGCCAGGGUCACAUAAGGCUAUCAUAUAGGUUCCUUGCCAAAAGUAGUGCGCUAUGUAGGGAAUUAGGGUUUGAUUUGGAACAGAGAUGGUGUUUGUUGUGCUGUUCUCAAGGCCCCAGACAAAGGGAAAGAUGUUGCCAGUGUCUAGUCCUUCUACUUGUGUAUAGGUGACACAUUGAAGACUUCAGCAAAGCAGAGAAAAGUGUAUUAAUUCAUUAAAUAAUGAUGUAUUUGUGA